ACCAACGCAUAUUUUCCGCACCAUAUCACACCAACCAUCUUACCUCGCCGCAUACAUAUCACGUCACAAUGCCGAAGAGAAAGGCUUCCACGCUCGACGAGGCGCACUCCGGUAAACAAACACGAUCGACCAAGGCGCAACAAAGCAUCUACACCUUCAGCAGCGUCUCGAAGCCUGUGGCCCAGGCGAACGAGGGCAAGAAGAGGAAGACGGCACACAAGAAGGAAGCAACGCCUCCAUUUCCCGCGCCGGUCAUCAGUGAUGCGCCUAAGCUUGUGUCAAAGCGCAAGAGGAAUGCCGCGCCAGAGAGCGACAGCGAGGACGAAAUCGCAGUAGUGCAAUCCACUGAGACGGCUGCUUCGACAAACCAGAGUGCCAAACCUCGACAGCACAAGCGAGUCAAAAACGCAGCUCCUCCAACUCCAGCCGAAACGCCUAGCAAGAGCGCAGCGCGUCUCUUUGACAACCUCAACAUCGAAUCAAAUGCGCGUCCGAUACCAUUUCCACUGCCCAGGAAACAACUCGACUAUGACACACCUCCAGAUUCACCACCCAGGGAGACCGAGGCAGAGCUUGAUUUGUCAUUCCCAGCAGAACUAGAAGACCUUCAGGAUCUUCACGCGUCUUUCCUCGCAGCUCUAUCGAUGCACUACUCGCACAACGGAACAUCAACAGCACCGCAAAUUCUUCUACUCCUACCGAUGAUCACAAAGCACUGGCGGAAACGCAAUGUCACUCAGAUCGACUUGCAGCGGGUUCUUGCGAUUAUGCCAGCGCAAGAUCGUGAAUUCACUCUCGAAGACUGUGGCAGAGGUGGUAUUCGUCUUGCGCGAGUACAGUCGCGAGGGCGUAUCGUCAAGCGUGCGGCAAGCUACAUCGAUGAGGAGAGCCUGAACAACACAUUCGAGAGCGCACUGCAGAAAAUGUGGCAUCAAUGGCAAGCGAUCACAGCGAAAGAGAACAGAACAGCAAACAGAUUCAUCGAUCAGCUACCACUGUUGGACAUCGUCAAGAACGAAUCAUCACAAAAGGCGUCGGCACUGUUCUCUCGGGGAGAGCAGCGACUGGCAGAGUUGAAGGCAGGCCAAGCGGCGAAGGUCGAAUCGAAAAAUGCAAAAGCCGAGACGAUCGCACAGAGAUCGACGCAGUCCGUCGCAAGCCGCAGCACGGCCCUUCUGGACCGCAUCAUUGCAAAGCAGAAUAUGGCCUCGAAAUUGCCAGCAGGACCGACCAAAGCUGAGCUCGAGCGCAGAUCAGCCCUUCAACGCAUCGAAGACAUUGCGCGAAUCCUGUCGCUCAUGUGCGGAAUGAAAGAGCGAAGUAGCUUCAGCAUGCAGGCCAUCACGCAACAAUUGCAGCAGAGCCUUCGAAGUCCGAUCAGCAACAUCGAGGUUUGGAGGUGUUUGACGCUCAUGGCGACGGAAAUAACACCAGCCUUUGUGAAAGUCGUACAGAGCGGAGAAGUACAGGGCGUGGUAGUAACAAAGAGCGGGAGUGUUGCAUUAGCGGAUCUGAGAGCUAGAGUGCAGAAAGCGUGCGAGUGAACAUGAUGUUGUAAGCGAAGAUUGGAUGUCAUUAUGAAUGUACAGAGGCCAUAGCGGGCAUGAUAUCUCCUG